AAGAGAGAAACAGCGAGAGGGUCGACACGCUCUCCUUUUCGGUGCGUCUUUUUCUGAGACUGGGAGCCUUUGCCUUUGUCCUUGUCUAUCUCUUUCUCUCUCCUUUCCGAUUCUCUCAGGCUCAGUUUCCGACACACUAUAAAACUUCGGACGACCACUUCCCAAGUAUCUGAUCCACGUUUUUUUAAUCUUUUUUUCUCCGCUAAAACCCUAGAAAUUGGUCGUGAUUUGAAGAAUAAAUGGGGUAUUAAGUUGACAUAGAGAAGAGUAGCUGUUCAGGAAGUCACAAGUUGGAAAUUGUAUUUUAUAAAUGGAAAGUUCAACUAUUAAGCUAUAGUCAAAUCCUUGCUUGUGUAUCUUGGCGAAGAAAAUAUUCAUGUAUAGUUCUCCUUUAGAGAUGGGAAACUUAUAACCUUUUGUCUUCCAAUCAGUCUGCAUCAUUCUUUUUGGGCUUAGUUCUGGGGAGCUGAGAUUGCAAUUCUUGUGUUAGACCUCCAUAAUCUUCCAUUCAAAAUCUCCUCUUUAUUCCUGACAUCCAUGCCCUUCUGCUUUGCACGCGGGCAUAUGCUUUUGAGCCAUCACUUGGACAACAGCUCAUCUUAACUGCUGUUACCAAAAAAAUAGCUAAGACGGGUGCACUUUGUUGUGUGGCCGCUGGGCCACAUGGAGCAAAUUCAAAUACAGGAAGAAGAGACUGCUCCAUGGAUCUUGGUGAACCUCGUUGGCGGACAAACUCAAGCUUCUCUCCUCCUCCAUCAAGGAGAUGGGAUUGUAGAUUCCAGUCAGAUGGUUUAUCUCACGGAGCCCUACUAUGUGGUUCUUCAUUAUCCUCAAAUGGUAAAGGAAGCAGAGGCAGGGUGAGGAGUGACCAGUGCACCCAUCAUCACCAGUCUGUCUCUGAUGGGGUAUUUUCUUAUUUUGGAAGCCCUGACAAUUUCCAGGCUCCUCAGUGGACACCACCAGUACAAAAAUUCAAUUUUGGCCAGUGCAGUACCCCAUCCAUGGGAGGGUCAAAACCUGGGACAUCUAUUUUUCCUCGGUCCACUGAGAGGCCAUUUACUGGUGGACCAUCUGCAGCAUCCAAUAGUUUUGGUUCCCCGUCUUCCCUUUCUGAAUCCAGCCCGUUGGGAUCAACUAACAAACUGCCCAUAACUUCUUCCAGCUGCAACUUCUCCAGUCGACGUUUUUUCAUAUCAAAACCAGUUUAUCCUUUGGUAUUCCACAAUCCUGUGUCAGAUUGUGAGCCUUCUGUUUCUGCUGAUACAAGCAGCAUCAGUAGGUUUAUACCUAGUGAGAAUAGAACUUCACCAUCUCAUUGGCCCGAGAACAGCUCAGGUCUCUUCCAGAAAACCCUCACUGAGCUCCAGAAGAUGGACGGUUCCCCAGAGCCCAGCACAAGCUCUAGAAGAGAGGGUUUCAGGUUGAGCAUUGCUAGUACCGAUGACAUAGGAUAUGAUGGAGGAGAAGGCUUUGAUAUAUCAGAGCACAUUGAUUUGGACCUUGGAUCGCCAAACUACUCUACAGGGGAUCAGAAAUGUGGACUUUGCGGAAGACUUCUUUGGCAGAAGUCCCCAUGGAGCUCCUAUCGAAUUGUCAGAGGUGGUGACAUGCCAAUUGCUGGGGUCCUUCAUUGCAGCCAUAUCUUCCAUGCAGAUUGCUUGGAGCAAGCAACACCAAAGACCCAGAUUCAUGACCCUCCAUGCCCUUUAUGCCUGAAAACCAGUGGUGUGACAGAUGAAUCUUCACCAGUUUCUGAGCCACUGCAUAUGGCCUUGAGGUCAAUACGGAGGAACAGAGGGGUCGUAAUCUCUGAUGCUCAAGGGAGUAAAAGUAGUGAUCAUCACAGUUCAAAUCAUUCUGGGGUUGGAUUGCAGAGAAACCAGUCUCAUCCGGUGGCACGAACUAGUAGUUCCUUGUUAAAGAAUCAAAUUAAGAAGCAUUUGACGUUUAAGGGGAAAACAGGAAAGGAUUUCUUUGGCACGAAGGUGUUCCGCAGAAUGGGUCAUCACCGUCGAGCCAGGACCCAGUAGGCAUAGUAUGCUUAAGAUCCAUCUGAUCUGGUGAAAGUAGUUGAUUUCUGGUUAUAUUUCAGUUGCAAGAUUUUAUGUGGCAGACGUGUGUUAUAUAUGCUGGUUUUGGCUGUUUUCUCCCAUACAUCCCUUUUUCACUUUUUCCUCCCCCCUCCUCAGUAAGUCUUGUAUACUAAAACUUAAGGUUUUCACUUUUCAGCCAUCUGAUCUGAUAAAAUUCUUUUCUGAUGGCGACGAACGUGAGGGGAUUGUUUUUUAUUUGGGCUACGUUCUAACCCUUUUCCACCUUUCCUAAAGAAAACAACAUAUAAAUAACUGAUUAACCAUUUAAUUUA